CGUGCCAUGCGGCGGGCUUUGUUGGUACGAUUGCCGGGGCUUGCCGCGGAGCGUGUGGGUCUCAGCUAUGUGUAGUGUUAGCGCGAGACCAGCUGUAGUUUUCGGUCGAUACUAUAAGUCCACAUAUUGUAACCGCUAGCCGGAUGGCGAUGCCAAGGCCCUCUCUUUUUAUACAAUAAAAAAAAAAUCUCAUAGUACGCAAUGUGCUGUUGAAGAGCAGAAUAUAAAAAGGAGAAAUUAAAAAAAUUGUUUUAUUGUAAACAUUGCAUAUUGUAGACAAUUCCGCUAUUUCGCAAAUGCAUACAUUUUGGACGUUACAUGAAAAUUGUCAACUUACACUGGAUGCAUCUAUCGUAACAUGUAUCAGCGACGUGCGGUUCCACCUGAUGAUUGAUACACAGCAAUGCUAAUUGCAUCUAACGUUUUUAUUAAUAUAAUGAGCACAUGGAAAUUAAUACAACGACGAUGUUAUGAUUUGCUCUCGUACAAAUACUCGCUCCUCGUGAUACUGGUGGCAUUUACGUGCAUAUUUAUCGGCAUAAUACAUUUUGGAGAGGUAUGGUUGACAUGGAGCAAAGAAAAAUACGAGGCGGUUUUUCACUCUUUCAAUGACAACAUCUUGGGAAAAUCUUUUCAAAAAAAAUUAUGUCAGCACGUUCCAGUAGAUGUGGUUUACACAUGGGUAAAUGGAUCGGAUCCGGUGUUCUUGGAAAACCUACAACAACACGUUCCCAUUGUGGAUCUUGGUGCCGCAGCAUCACGAUUUAGUGAUAAAGAUGAAUUGCGCUACUCGUUGCGUUCGUUGGAGAUGUAUGCACCCUGGGUGAGGCAUGUUUACAUCGUUACCAAUGGCCAAAUACCAAAUUGGCUUGAUAUGGAUAAUCCUCGGAUGACUCUAGUCACUCAUGAAGAUAUAUUUUUAAAUAAAAGUGAUUUACCAACUUUUUCUAGUCCUGCUAUUGAAAGUCAUAUUCAUAGAAUACCUGGGAUAUCUGACAAAUUUUUAUACUUUAAUGACGAUGUUAUGUUGGGUGCCGAGAUAUGGCCAGAAGACUUUAUAACUCAAGCGGGUGGACAAAAAGUGUAUCUGGCAUGGUGGGUUCCAAAUUGCUCCGAAGUCUGUCCAUGGGCUUGGGUCGGUGAUGGAUCAUGCGAUCAUGCUUGUAAUACGACUUUAUGCGAAUUUGAUGGUGGAGAUUGUCAAACGACCGCAAUGCCUAUCGACAGCGAGAUGAUGGAAGAGGAAGGCGAUUAUCCGUACAAGUAUUUGCAAGAAUCUCGUGAAAAUGAUAAUAAUAAUAAUAAUAAUAAUAUUAUCAACGGACUGAAACUAUUGGAUAUUUUACGUCGUAAAAACGGCACUCGACUGCCGCAGAACGAUGAGACAGCGUCUACAAUUCAUCCGUACGAUCGCGGUAAUCAAUUCAAAGCAAUUCGUGAUCUCAAGAAUAGCAAUUUUACAGCAAUUCUACGCGCGCGGCAAUCUUCUAACGCGUAUGUGCAAUCUGAUGACAAACAAGUUCAGAAAUUAGUGGAGAAUGUUUUUGGACUCAUGUAUUCCAAAGUCUUGCACGGAAACGCUUCCAGCAAAAGUGCAAAUCAUAGCAUGCAAUUGAAACGCCACCAUGAUGAUAUCAUGAAUUUAGCUGAACCCGAUAACUCCGUCAAACUCGGUAAAUUCGCGUAUCCCAAUCAGUGGAAGCGUAAUGCAAGAGGACUCGACACUUACGCGGAAUCGCUGCUUCACGUUAAUAAGAUAUACAACGCUGCUUACGGCUUCGAACGCAGAAGAGUGCCAGCGCAUAUGCCGCACCUGAUAGACAAAUGGGUCGUGAGUAGCAUGCAGGAGAAAUUCGAGUCCGAGUUUAAGAAAACCUCUAGUCACAAGAUGCGAGACCCUGAAGACAUGCAAUUUGCAUUUUCCUACUUCUACUUUUUGUCCAGCGAAAGAAGAAAAGUACCCACUGGGGAGAUAUUCGAUAUUUUCGAUACUGACAAGUCACGAACUUGGUCCGACAGAGAAAUACGGACGCUGCUGUCGAGAUUAUAUCCGUUGCCGCUUGAUUACAAUCUAGUCGUAGAAUUUGAAAGUGCGAUAACAAACUGUUCGCGCCGCACGGAUGUACCAGAAAUCGUUGACGUACCUCCCGGAGAGAGAUAUCUGGAUUCUACUCUCCCCGUAGUUUCUAAAGGAUUGAUAUUGAACUGUGAAUCAGUUUACAAAAGGAUGCGAUCGAAGUUUGGCGAGAGCAGUCAAUAUCCGUAUGAGAUAAUAAAAGCUGGCAAAAAUGAGAUCUUCGAGAUGUUAACCAGCAAUGUUUCUCGAACGGUGCAGCUACUCGACGAAAUUCGAAAAAGUCCAAAGAAAUUUAUUUGUUUAAACGACGACAUGGAUCCCGCACGGCACUCCGAGAAUGAAAUUAUUCGCGCGCUGUUGAACGACUUUUAUCGCUCGUUGUAUCCGUUGCGAAGCAGUUUCGAGUUACCGGCGCAAUAUCGAAACCGUUUCUCCCACAGGCACGAACUUCUCCAAUGGAGGGCGAGUCGCGCGAAAGUGAGAAAUUUAUUGCUAUGCCUCGUGGCUUUGCUCCUUGUUCUGACAUUUUAUCACAUGCUCUAUCAUCACGUGCGCAGACUGUGCAGAAUCCGAGAGCUACCUACAUUUCGUGUGUAAAGAAUUGAUAGAUUUAAUCUAAUCUAGAAAUAUAUAUAUAUAUAUAUAUAUAUAUAUAAAAUAUAUAUAAAAAGAAAGAGAAAACUAUACAACAAGAUAUAUCUAUACAAGAUCAAUAUUAUAAAUAAGACUAUCACAUUCGUGGAAGAAUUUCCACGAGAAUUUGUUACCUUCUAAAACUAGUAAUAUCAUGAUUUAGUGAAUAUCUCUCUGUGAUAUAAACAAGCACUUUUUGUAACUACAUUUUAAUAAAAACGUUUGUCUA